CCAUACAAAAAUGAAGGACUACUCUUUUUACAGCGAUGAAUCCAGUUUUAAGAUUCAUACAUCAGAAAAUGUUAGCAGCAAGCCUUUUUCUCUUCUUAAAGAACCCCCUAAGGAGCUUCAACCAAUAGUAGACGCAGUUAUUGGCAUAAGAGCUCUAUUAUAGAUGAUCUAGAGGAGUUUAUCCGAGGUGAAGAAGAAUUAGGGUUGGAUAUGGAAGACAAAGUGUCUAAGUUUAAACUAUUUAAAUAAAACUAUUGAUGAUAGUUGUACUGAAGUGGUCAUUAAGAUAAAAGCUUGACUUCCAUUUCAUGAAUGAAAUAAAGUGCUGAGCAAAGUUAUUACGAAUUUGGAAGGAGAUUAUUAUUUUCAAAAAAUUAGCUCAAAAAUGUUGCUGAAUAAAUAUAUGAGCAAAGAAUUAGGUAAAGUAAAGGAUCUUGUUGAAACUAUUAAGGAGAAGAAUAACAAAAUUCAUGAACUCGAGGGAAAAUUUAACCUGAUUUAUGACCAAUUUUAUGAUGUUGAUGAACAAAAUUUCAGACAAAAGAUUUUUGAGGUGAAAAAGUUAUUUAAAGAGGAAGAAAAACUAUUUCCUUAUUCUCAGGAAAACUCUUCUUUCAAAUAUACUAUUGAAACCGAAAAAAUUAGCUUUUCCUUUGAGUGGGACUUUGAAGAGCAUUUUCCAGUGCUAUUUGAAAAAUCAAAGGAUGAAAUCUGUAGCAAAUCAAUAAAGUUAGAAAAGCAUUCAAAUUUAGAAGAACAAUCAAAUAAAAGUCUAAUUAAUGCAAACUACUAUCAAUCUGAGAAUGACAAACUUGCUUUAUUCUCUGAGAAUGAACAAGAAAACUUGACACAAACAUUGCCAUAUAUCCCACAUCUUUCUCAUCUAAGCAAAGAAAGUGAAAGUCUAAAUGAACAUAAAUACUAUUUAGAAUUUUCUAGUGAUGAAGAAGACUUAAUAUUUAAUUCUUAAAUACAGUGCUAAAAUGU